AUGUCUUCCCUCUCUCGCCGUGCCUGCUACAAGUGUGGCAACGUUGGCCAUUACGCCGAAGUCUGCUCUUCUGCCGAGCGACUCUGCUAUAACUGCAAGCAACCUGGACACGAGUCCAACGGCUGCCCCCUCCCUAGGACCACCGAGGCUAAGCAGUGCUACCACUGCCAAGGACUCGGCCAUGUUCAGGCCGAUUGCCCUACCCUUCGCCUGAGCGGCGGUGCGGCGAGCAGCCGCUGCUAUAACUGCGGCCAGCCUGGUCAUCUUGCUCGCGCCUGCACCAACGCUCCCGGCGUCAACAUGGGCCGUGGUGCCCCCAUGAGCCGUGGCGGCUUCGGCUUCGGCCGAGGUGGCUUCCCCGGUGGACCCCGACCUGCCACCUGCUACAAGUGCGGUGGUCCUAACCACUUCGCUCGUGAUUGCCAGGCCCAGGCUAUGAAGUGCUACGCUUGCGGCAAGCUCGGCCACAUCUCCCGAGACUGCACCGCCCCCAACGGCGGUCCCCUUAACACUGCUGGCAAGACCUGCUAUCAGUGCGGCGAGGCUGGUCACAUCUCUCGCGACUGCCCCCAGAAGAACUCCAACGGUGAAAUCAACAACGAUGUCGAUAUGAACAACGCUUCUUCCAUCCCCGCCGCUGCGCCGUCGGUUGCCCCGAUUGCCCCCGUUGCCUAG